UCAAAUGCCAUCCAUUUGCCAGACGUUUAUUCAGAAAGCUAUACAGUUCGACGUUAUGGUUGAAACAUCGUUCUUAGGCGCGAAAAAUUGUGCGAAACAGUCGAGAGUUGGCCGUGCCUACCCAAGAUGGCUGCCCGUCGGGUUUCGAGAAACUUGUGUCCUCGCUGUCUACUUGGACACGACCAGCAUAAGGAGCGUGUGAUCUUGACGGAUGGAAAUGUGAAGCCGCAAUAGCCUGUAGAAAACUUGUGCGAGGCAGAGUGAGGCGCAGAAUGUGAGUGAGUCGUAAGGACUGGUUGUAAAAACCGACCCGGAGGCGGUCGAGCAUUGUUAAUUGGGUGUAUAUAACCUGGCCUGGUACGUGAUCGUCGCCGCCGGUGUCGCCGCCGCCGUUUUCGUCGGCAGACGGCCGACGGAGACGAGAAAUGGACGAGCCCGAGUCCGCUGACACAUGGUCGGCCUGGUUCCUGGACGCGAUCCGAAAAAUCCGCAGCCAGAAACAGAGGCCGAGUGUCGAGCGGAUAUGUCAUGCUAUUCGUCAACACCAUAAUUAUCACGAGGAGGAAAUUGCUGAACAUCUGGAAGUUGCUGUGAAGCGCGGCGAUGUGCUCAAGAUCUUUAAUAAAGGACAAUCCUCGUACAAAGAUCCUGGUGGCUUACAGUCGAAACCGCUCAAAGUUGGCAAAGCUUCCGAUUUGAGCAAGGUACUGGGUAAGGCUGUUAGAGAAUUGGGCGAAAGGGAGGGCUCAAGCCUGAAGAAUAUCGAGAGAUAUAUCAGACAGAGUCAUACGGUCGAAGAAGAAGCUGAGGGCGACUUGAGAACAGCUCUUAGACUAUCUGCUAAAAGGGCAGUCGAUCGAGGGCUUGUGAUCCAGGAUGGUAGGCUCUUCCGACAACCGGACAGACCACCUUAUCUCAAGAAACAUGCGGAUACUUCUCAUAUUACCCAACCGGAGACCCCUGUAGCUAAGCUGCCAGCUCCACUACCAAUUUGCAAAGAAUGCCUUGGUGCGACAAUAGCUGGGAACAACAACAACACAAAACGGAAUAUUACUGAGAAAUUGAGCAGGUGUAGCGUGUGUGGUGCAGCUUUGCAUAAUUCUUGCGCACCACCAGAACUCUCAAUCCUUGUUGAUAGGGGUAUAACGUGGUCUUGUGACGACUGUUCUCCAACGUGUGCUGGGUGCCAGUUGGAAAGGGAAUCGCAGAAUUACCUAGUAAAAUGCGCUGGUUGUGUUAAGUGUUAUCAUCCUGCCUGUUUGGAUCCAGCACUUGAUAAAAAGAACAAAACACCAUGGAGGUGUCGACAUUGUCAAACAGCACAUACACCAAUAUCGAAGGACGAUAGUAAAAGGAACAAAACACAGGAUGCAGCUAGUUCUCUCGAAGGCACGCCGACUAGCGCGAGGAAGAGACCUAGCAAGUUACGUGAAAGUAGAAAAUCGGCAGUAUCCAGAAAGAGUUUGGCGAUUUCGACUCCGGUGAAGAAAAGCGGCGCAGGAGUGGCACAGGUGGACAGCAGCUCGGACGGUAAUGCGGGUGUUGUCUCCCCUCGUCAACCACCUUUGAUUUCCUCUCCCUUACCACAACCCCCCACCCCACUCGCAGGCCAGGGUAGGCUACUAGAAGAGAAAAACGAUCGGAUUUCCAAAGAGAAGCAGAAGUUUUUUAGGCUGAGUGCGUUUAAUGCGGACCAUAAUAAGUUGAAGCGGGUGGGGGGCGGUGAGAAAUCGAAAUGUUCGCAGGACGUUAGUCCUAGGUUAACUCGGGGUAACGCGAACCAGAAACAACAAACCAUGCCCGGUAAAAAGGUAGUACCGCCAAUGUCUAGCAGUAGCAGCAGCAGCGGCGCGAGCGAUAGCGAUUCUUCUGACGACUCCAGUGAUUCGACUGAUGAUGAUGACGAAGACGACGCGGAAGAGGAGCAGAGAGCGAAAGGGAAUGGGCAGGGGGGAGAAGAAGAGGAAGAGGUAGAUGGUAAUAGCUCUAGCGCGUCUAGCAAUACGUCCACUUCGGAUGAGGACGACGACGACGAUGACGAAGAGGAGGAGGAUGACGACGGCGACGAUGGUCACGAAAAUCGUCGUGCUGUCGUCGUCGGCACUGGCGAUAGUGGUGGUGGUGGUGGUGUUACCGGUAGCGGUGCCGGUAACUCUCCUAAACCAAGAGGUCCGUUCUCUUGUGAUCUAAACGAGGACAAGCCUUGGGGUUUCGCUGCGGCCGCGGCUAAACUCAAUAUGGAAUCGCCUUUUUUUAGUAACAUUACUAAUACCUUUGGUGCGCCGUUACCUAAGCUCAAUGUAAGCAGCACACCGACAUUCGGUUUACAUAUACAACCAGCCGUUAAUACGUUCGACGGGAAGAAGAAACAAAAGAACGAUCGGAACGGUGCUGGUAUAGCGAGCAGCUUUGCCAAUACGGAUAAUACCAGUAAGGUUAAACCUGGUAGUGGUCAAUUGAAAGGCCUUUUCGAUGGAUUGAGUCACUUUUUUUCAGUACCUACUAGCAGCAGAGUAAGAUCUAGCGCGUUGACGCCUAAUUACGCGCCAGAUAGAAGAAAGCGGCCUAACGUAGACGACAGUGAUAACAGAGCGAGCAAAGUUGUGAAAGGGAUGCAGAGUAAUAAACGUGAAAACGCGUCGUCCGGUCUAGGCAAAUCGAAAGAAAAAAAGAAAAUGGAGGCAGACUACGAUGUAGCGAAAGUACCUCGCCCUGGAAUUUUUACACCUUCCGACGAAACGUUAUUUAGUUCCCUUAAUGAAAAACUACCAAAAAUGACACCGUCAAAUUUAGUUAAAACUGCGGUUAAUAGUAAAAGACACGAGCACGAAAGGAGAAAACUGAUGAAAGAUGAUGCGCCGUUAGUGAAGUGUGCAGCGGGCGCGUCGUCACCGUCGUUGCCAUUGCCGUUAUUAUCAUCGUUAUCGUCGUCGUCAUCGUCGUCGUCGUCGUCGUCAUCGUCAUCUUCGUCGUCGUCGUCGUCGUCGUCAUCGUCGUCGUCGUCGUCAUCGUCGUCGUCGUCGUCGUCGUCGUCGUCGUCGUCGUCCUCAUCAUCAUCAUCGACGACGGCGGCGUCGUCGUCGUUUCCGUUACCGUUACCGUUAUCGUCACCCUUAUCGUUACCGUUACCGUUGCCAUCAUCAUCAUCAUCACCGUCUUCGUUACCGGUGUCGUCGCUGUCGUCAUCGUCGUCGACGUCAAUGCCGACAUCGAUUCUUAGACCCGAUCAGUCCUCGCGAAAGAAAAACACACUCGUGGAAGGGAGCCAAUCACGCCACCCUGUGCCCGCUGUUUCGAAGUCCGGCCUGAGUUCUGAUUCCGUGAAAUCAAAUCCCAGCCUAAAGUCCAAUCCACGAGCCUGUACUAGCGCCACCACCACCAACACCACCACGACACCCCGCGCGACACCCUGCUCCACCAGGAAGGAGGAACCUGUUCUACCUCAGACCUUGCCACCUGGUGUCACGCAAAAGGAUGUUGACCUAUUUAAGGAAGCACGGGACAGAGCGGCUCGUUUAACCGCCGUGAAUGGUGACGGCGAGGAAGCCGCGACUGUGAAUAAUUCAGCAAGUACAAGUACAGGAAGUGGUAUUAGGAAUCCGGCGGCCAUAGUUUUUGGUCGAUACGAAGUAGAAACGUGGUAUUCCAGUCCGUUUCCCCAGGAAUACGCAAGACUACCAAAAUUAUUCUUUUGUGAAUUUUGUUUAAAGUAUACGAAAAGUCGGGCUGUACUUGAUAGACACAUGGACAAAUGUCAAUGGAGGCACCCUCCGGCUACCGAGAUCUAUAGGUGUAACGGCUUGUCUGUCUUCGAGAUCGAUGGUAACGUGAACAAGAUAUACUGUCAAAAUUUGUGUCUGCUAGCGAAAUUGUUUUUGGACCAUAAAACGCUCUACUACGACGUAGAACCAUUUUUAUUUUAUGCGGUAACGAAAAACGACAAGUAUGGUUGUCAUUUGAUUGGUUAUUUCAGCAAAGAGAAACAUUGUCCCGCGCAGAGAUAUAAUGUAUCGUGUAUCAUGACUUUGCCGCAAUAUCAAAGACAAGGAUUUGGUAGGUUCUUGAUCGAAUUUAGUUAUCUUCUCUCCAAAGUGGAGGGCAUUCCCGGUACACCAGAGAAACCUCUUUCUGAUCUCGGCCGGGUGUCGUACCACUCGUUCUGGAAAAGUGUUGUACUCGAAUAUCUUGACGCUCAUAGAGAUUCUACGGAUAUCAAGUUGGGAGAUAUAACGAAAGAAACUGGUGUGUCAGCUCAUGAUAUCGCAACUGCUAUGCAACUGCUGGGAUUUAUUAGAUCGGUUCAUUUACCCGGUGAAGGGAAUUCUAAAGUGGCCGUGGUAGUUGAUUGGGCUAAAGUGGAUGCUCAUAUGGUAAAGAUACGAAAAAGUUCUCGUAUCAAAUUAGAUCCUGAUUGUCUCAGAUGGAUACCAUUGCUCACGCAGAUUCCUAAUCCAUAUCAAAGUCCGGAAGAAAGUGGCGACACUAGCUCCGAAUCAUCUCCCGUAGUGGAACCGAAACACGUACCGGCGAUUGUUGAAAAAAUUCAAAAGGUUAAGAUCAAAAAGAAACCAAGGGGUAGAAGGUUGGGACAAAGAAGAUCUUUACCGUUCAAACAGAAGGCUGCCCAAAAGUCAUCCUUACAGAAGGAUUCUAUUUCCAAAGACACGAAAGAGUUGAGGGAGACAAAAGCAAUAAAAGAGAAGGAAGCAAAGGAGACAAAUGAAGCGAAGGACACAAAAGAAACAAAGGAGUUAGAGAAAAGGAGUCGAAACGUAGUUGCUGCGUCGGCAGAAAAUGCUAAAGAAUCGAUGGAAGUAGAACCGAAGAGCGUCACGACAACGUCGAGGAAUUCUCGUGCGGUGACUGCUUCAAAAAACGCGAAUUCUACAAAUCCAACGACUUCAUCUACGUCAACGACGACGACGACGACGACGUCAACUACUACGGUAACAACCACCACAACGACAAUGUCUAGACGAAGAAUUAGAACACCGAAAACAUCUGUAACUGGUGUCUCGGUAGCGAUUACGACGACAACGUCGUCGUCAUCGACGACUCCUCUGCGAAAACGAAAACAUUCCGAAAAGACUGAAGCAGAAGAAAAGGAGGAAAGGUCUGAGGUUAGUUCCAGAAAAAGAACUCGGGAAUCUCUACGCGAGAAAGAGAAAGAUAAGGAACGAGAAAGAGACAAAGAGAAACCGAAAGAACGUGAUAAGCCGAAAGAAAGGGACAAUUAUUUGAAAGAUAAGGAUAAAGAUAAUAUAAACGAAGUGGAGAAAUCAUCUUCUAAAGCGACAGAAUCGUCUCCGUCGUCGGUAGUGCAGAAACCUACGAAGAAGCAGUGCAAGGUAGAUGAUAUCUUGUUAAAAGUGACCAGUCGACAAACAAAGCACUUGCAAACGAAACAAGGGAAAGAAAAGAAAAAUUUGGAGCAGAACCAAUGCAACGGAAAAGAAGAGGCGAAGGAUGUUAAAACCUUGCCAGUAUCGAGACGAGGAAGAGCAAAAGCCGAGAAGGAAGCUUUAAAGAUGCCACAAUUAAAACCUGAAACUCCUACGAAGGAUCGACCCGAAACUCCUGUGAUACUCCCUCCAUCAUUGUCUCCGUUGCCGUGCUCUGAAGAGACUGGCUCUUUUAUAACUAGUCAGCAACAGUCGUGUCCGGUUACGGAGCAACUACUGGCAACACCUGCUGAGAAAGAAACUAAUAACGCGAUAGAAACGACUAAGAGCAACGAGAGCACUAUGGAAGACGUUGAUAAUGCCAAUGGUAGUAGCGCUGGCGAUAUCUGUGAAUCAACCGUUCUUCCAGAAGCAGAAGCGACUAUAUCUGCUAGUCCAGGAGAGUAUGAGGGAGGAGACGAGGAUGAGGGCGAAGAAGAAGUACCUGCACCGAAAUCGAAACCUGUGACGCAUAUAAAAAGCGAUUCAAACGAACGAACUGAGAAGGCAGAAGAGAAUGAACCAGAAAAGAAACUCGAAGAUGAUUCCUCCGUUCCUUUUUUGCAAAAUCCGAUAUCGGAAUCGAAAUUACGUAUUCUGCAAGAAGAUACACAAAGAUCGGAAUGUGAAGCUGAGGAAGAUUUGGAUAAGGGCGAGGCUGAAGGAGAGGACGAAGGCGGUCACGAAUGCCAAGGUGAUGGCGAAACAUUAAUGGAAACAGGAGAGAGGAAAGAAGAAGAAAAUAAAAUUAUGAAAGGUGAAUCCGACAAAGCUUCGGAGACUGAGAAAGCAAUUUGUAGUUUGGAAACGUCUAAAUUGGUACCUGACCUUCUUUCGCCUAAGGAAGAAGAAAUCGAGAAAUUGAAAGCUGUUAAUCAAGAUGUAGGUAGCUAUAGAGAAGGUGAUGGAAUUUCCGAUCGAUUAAUGUUAAAGAGUUCGAAAGAGGAGUUGACGAGGCCAAAGAUAGAAACUUCUCCCGCAACGCCCACGGAAAGAAAGGAAUCAUCCUCUGCUGUUUCGAAUAUCGCAUCGCCUGAAACAGGGCCGCUCACGCCGCAAGAGAAAGUUUUGGCCGUUAUCGAGCAGCAAGAAACCACUAUUCAUCUUCAAACACACUCUGAAGAAUUAAAACAAAAUUCGCCCGAGAGUGGCAAGACAACGCCUCAUUUGGACAAUCCUGGUUCGGUGAAACGAACACCCCCUUCGCAACCAGAUUUGCCGUCUAUGGGAGUUUACACUCCUGAUUCGACCACAAAUUCGGUGCAUUCGUUACAUUACGGUCAAUGUGAUUUGGACGUCAGCCAGUUAGGACUGGAGUCCCCCACGUCGAUUGCUAGCGAUCUCGCGUCACAGAAUAGCGUAGAAAGACCACCAAGUGCAUUGCCAUCGAUGCCAGCGUCUGUUUCCGUUCCAAUUUCGGUAUCCAUGCAAAUAACUACGCCGGUUACGUCUGCCGCCGUAAAUAUCUCGCCGCAAGUACAGUACGCCGAUUGUUCGAUGCCCCAGCAUGCUCCAUCGACGCACGUUAAUAUCCAUCCGAUGCACCAGCCACAUACACCGCAGCCUCUUCAGCAGCCACGUACACCUCAGUCGCACACACCUCAAAAUAUACAAACGCAAAGUCCUCAGCCUCUUCCACAGAGCCAUACGCCACAACCGUUACCUCAAUCUCACACACCACAGCCUCUUCCUCAAUCUCAUACGCCACAAAGUAUUCCGACGCAGAGUCCUCAGCCAAUGCGACAAAGUCAUACGCCGCAACCUUUGCCACCGUCUCACACGCCUCAACCGAUGCAAUUGUCUCUGGCCCAACAAACGCAGAAUCAAAGCAUGACGCAUGGUCAGUCUCAACAACAGUCUCAACAGCAGUCUGCACAUCAACAGCAACAACAGCAGCAAUCGCAGACGCAAUCUCAUAGUAACAAAAGAGCCAGUGGUUCGCAAACGACCCAUAGGUCGAGAUCGACACAGCAAAGUAGCAGAUCGCAUCGAACCACGCCUCCUACGUCGCAUGCUCAAGCCUCAUCUCAAGGACACACGACCUCUCAUACGAGUCAUACGAGUUCCCACACAAGCCAUACGACGAUAGCGCAUACGACGCACGUACCACCGCAGUAUCAGCAGUCUUCGUCGAUGAGCGUACCACCCGUUCCUCAUCCGCAUUCCCACACACACGCUGCUCAUUCGCACAAUAUGGCUGUUAUCUCGCAAGGGAACUAUAUGGCUGUCGCUUCGCAGACCUUCCCAACUCAGAACACGUACGUGAUUCAACAUCGAAGCAGCAGAUCUGGUGCACCCACACCAUGCACCACAGCGACAAAUUUUUACAUUCAGACGAGCGCUAUGCCGCCGCAUUCGCACACACCGGCACCCUCUUUGUCAGCUUCUGGAAAUCACCAAACCACGAAUUCGUGCAGUCUAGCAAAAUUACAACAACUAACGAAUGGAUUGGAGAUGAUACCUCCAACACCUCCACCUGCGAUGAAUUUAACGCCACCACCUCCUAUACCGCACACUAUGACACCGCCACAAACAUCGAGGCAAUUACCGACGCCGCCUCAAGUACCCCUUGGUUACGCGAAAAAUUAUUAUAACGUCAAUACGGUUCCGCCUUCUACUCCUGGACCACCCAGUAGAUCGACCUCGAGGUCAUCAGCGAAUGCAAACAUGGCGUCCCUGACUCAGCCGUAUCCAAGCGAAAGCUUAUAUCGUCAGACUCUCGAUCCUGGAAGUACCUGUCCUCAAAUGCAGAGCGCCGCCAGUCGGGUCAGUCCCAACGUGGCGAUAAACACGAAUCUCAUGGCCCAGUAUGGUUAUCGAGUGGCACAACCUGCUACCGGCUACAUGAAUCAAGCGGCUCAACUCGGUGGUUUCAUGAAUCAAGCUAGCCAGUUACCUGUCGGAGUCGUUAAUGUACCUGCACCGUAUCCUCAGGAUCCUCAUCAACAAAAUCCAGCGGCGGUGUAUACGACGUACCACGGUUACAUAAAUGGCGGUCUUAUGCAGCCUCUGAAUAGUUCGAUGAGGCCACGUUAGCCCCACUUAUCUAAGCGCACAUUCUCUCAAUUACAAUAACACGAGACCGCAAAAAAUGGACUAACAAUGAUUGCUUCAUUUUGGACAAGUUAAUGCUCUCUUCUAUACGGACUCUGACAACUUUAAAAAACAUGUUACCUAUCGAGAGACUUUUUAUCUCCUUGCAUUCGCUUCCACAGACACUCUCUGGACGUGCAUAUUGUUUUUUUUACCUUUCUCACACCAAUAUUUUAUUAUUUUUUAACGUACGACCACUAACGUAUGAUUUUUCUUUUAUAUUGUGACUAUUUCACUUUUUAAUACACGUUUUAGCAUUUUUCUUCUUCUACUGUUACUGUUAACACGUAGUCGGGUGCACGCGCUUAUAUAAAAUCCAUCAGUCGUCAAACGCUAUAAAAAAAAAGGAUUGUAAAUUUAAGACCCAGAAAUAUUAAAGAGUUAACGGAAGCGCUUGCAUCGUAAAGAUUAAAGAGCUCGUAUUAAACGGAUUCUUAACUUGUUUUGAAAUGCAUAAAUGAAUAAAACCGAGUGUGAAUAUGCGAAUGCGCGCGCGCGGAAAAGAGAGCAGAACAUAUGUGUAUGUACGAAUUAUAAUCAUAGUAUGGAAUAGUACACUACGAAACUUGGAUUCGUGUCUUGUGCAUUUAAAUGCGAUUCUAUUCUACCUUGAAUGUGAUCUGUCGAUCAGUGAAUAUACAUAUAUAUAUACACAUAUAUACAUAUAUAUGUGUGUGUGCACGCGCGCGCGUAUCAUUUAGGCAAACAUGCAUGUAUGUAUAUACUGUUUAUGGCUCAGUCCACAAUCGACAAAACGAAUACACCUAUUUUUAGUAGGGCAUUCCCAUCCGAAAUUGCAACGGUGUUACGUUUUGUGUAUAAAUAGUGUAUAUAUAUAUAUUAUACAUAUAUACAUAUAUGUGUGUAUAUAUAUGUACUACACAUAACAUUUGCAAAGAAUAUUCUGUUUGAUAUUAUCAAUUGUUAAACGUUGUUAUUUACUUUUUCUUCGAGGCACGCUGUACUUUACUGUAUCAUAAAAAUAAUUGUACUACUAUUAUAAUAAUUAUAAUUGUAUUAUUGCAAAUUAAUUAUUACGAUCGCCAACUCGUUCAUUACCAUUGAUCGGUAAUCUUCCUUUAUCGUCAAUGUGAACAUAGUGUUUCUCAUUAAUGAUUCUUUAUAAGAUAUCAUUCUUGCCGUCGUCAAUUGUCUUCGUCGUUGUUAUAUUUCUUAUUACUAUUGCUGCUAUGAUUACUAUUAUUACAGUUAUUACCAUUGUCAUCGUCAUUCUUGUCAUUAUCGUUAUGGUCAUGAUUAUGAUGUCAUGAUUAUGCUCGUCACAAUUGUCAUCGUUAUCAUCAUCAUCAUCAUCAUCAUCAUCAUUAUCAUUAUUAUUAUUAUUAUUAUUAUUAUUAUUAUUAUUAUUAUUAUUAUUAUUAUUAUUAUUAUUAUUAUUAUUAUUAUUAUUGUUAUCAUUAUAAUUGCUAUUCUGCCAUUGUCAUCAUCAUCAUCAUCAUCAUCAUCAUCAUCAUCAUCAUCAUCAUCAUCAUCAUCAUCAUCAUCAUCAUUAUCGUCGCCGUCAUCGUCAUCAUCAUCAUCAUCAUCAUCAUCAUCUUCUUCUUCUUCUUCUUCUUCAUCACCAUCACCAUCACCAUCAUCAUUAUCAUUAUCAUCAACAACAAUAACAACAAUAACAACAGCGUUAUCGUCAUUUUCAUCCCACGUCAAUACGAAUAUCAUUUUAUUCAAACCCUAUGCUCCUUAAUUACGUGCACAGCUACAGGAAGAAAUACGCGCAAGUGUGCGCGCAUACACACACACGUAUAUUCAUUCUUAAUUCUCUACUGUAUGUAAUAUUUUUAUUUUCUAUUAUUGAACGAGAGGGCACAUACUAGUUUCGGAAAGAAUGAUACAUGCGUAAAAAUGCUCUUCCACGGAGCGUCGCAAAAAUUAUGCUGAAAUUAUUUUUUGUAUCAAAUUAUAAGAGGAGGCGAGAUGUUAAUUCGUUCGACCUCUAUAUGGGAAAUGUAAAAUGGUGCUCGUUCAUGUACGUUCAAUUGUAAUUUCCCUCUUGUCCACGACGCUUCGGGGAAUGGUCGCGAACAAAUAAUAUAUUUAUAGUAUAUUACGAAUUUAAUUUUUUCAGACGAGACUAUAAAAGCGAGAGGCAAGGGAAUUUGCCUAGUUUUUAGCAUAAUUCUUGAACGAUAAAAAAGAUCAUUGAUAGUGUAUAAAUACAUCAAUAUUUAUUGUACAUAGAGUUAAAAAAAAAAACUACUAACAAAUAAAAAGGAAUCAAAAAUAAA